AUUGCCAAAAUGGACCAAGGAAGUCAAAGACAAGUUCCUGAAGAAAUGCGACAGUUGCGUUGGCAAAUGCAGCGCACUACGGCUCUGCUGCUGGACAGAAUGGAACACGCUCCAUCUGCUCCACCACAGUCCAGCUUGCCAGCUACAACAACAGUAAUCCAGCAUUCUCCCACUGUCUUCCAAAGAGUUUCCUCCCGAAUGCCAACUGUGUCACAGCUGCAGCUUGCAUCACCCUGUAACACCCCACCUGCUGAAUCAAGCCACACCAUGCCUGGUCCAUCUUGCCAUAUCCCACCUGCCCCAGCUUCUCACUUACAAGCUGUUCCACCUCAGCACACCAUUUAUCAGCCUCGUUCUGACAACGUUCAGGCCCACUUGUCAAGGCUGUUUCGGCCUCAUCAAGGAGGAGUAGCCAGUGGGGUUAGGAAGAGGAAGUGGGAGACCCCUUGGUCACAUACCUUCAUUUGUUUGCCGAAGACACAACCAAAUGUUAUGCCCACAAUCGAGGAGUCUUGCUACUACACAGCUUGUGGAUUGGGGGAAAAAAACUUAUUUUUCCCACACAAUAAAGGAGACCAUUCUUUCUUCAGCGAGCAUUUCCUCUCUGCGUUCCCCCCUCUUAGAGAUGCUGGCCCCAAAAGUGAUGGAAAGGUGUUUCACCUGCCAGUCCUUAAUCCCCCUUUGUGACUUGGCUGACCAUAUCCAGGAGCGGUAAAAACUACAAUUAAUUUUUCAAAAACAUAGAGCAUUACAUCAGACAUUAGAAGAUAACUGGUAACUGUGCAAAUUAUGUAUUUGCAAAUGAUAAACUGUUCAUUAGAGUAACAAAAUUUAACUGACUCGUUUAAUUUUUCUUUGGUUUUCUUCUUUCUACAGUACGCAAGAGGAAUCAAGAAAUGACACGUAUGGCCCAUGCUCAUAUCAAUAUCUUGAAGAAACACAUUUAUGUUAAACUGUGAUUUAUGUAAAACCUAUUCAAACCUCUAAAUGUAAGCUCUGUGAGGAAAACUCACAGAGCUUGAUGAGUCUAUUGGCUCCGCCCCACCCUGCGCCGCACCACUGCAGUCCCUGCGUGAACAGAGGUGCUUUAUUUUAAUUUAUUUAUACCAACAGCAGCAGAAUAGAAUGCUGUUGACAGGCAGGAAUAGGGUAGCACCAGUAUAAAAGGGGCUAAGGAUAUGUAACACCUUCACCAAAAGUUCUCCAUCCUGUUUCUCCAAUGUCUGGAUGAGUAGCAGGAGACAGAUUCAGCUCUCAGUCUGCCUUUAUCUGUUUGACCUGUGAUUUCUUGACCUAUGCUGAUUGGAGUGAUAAUACAUUUUUCUCACAACUUCCCUAUACGUAAUUGGGCUGCUUUACAUAAAUCGCCCCCAGUGAAUGGUAAUGCAUCAAGCUUGCCAAUGUCUGGUAUUUAAAUAUUGGGUCUUUUAAUGGAAAAUUAACUAUUGUUUAUGUCCAAACAUGCCUGGGGUUUGAAAUAUACUUAUGGACUAGCCUUUACAGUUAAAUGGUUGUGCAAGCCAAUUUCUAGGAGCUUUUAUACGUGUCAAAAUGUUCUUUCCUGACAGGCUCAGGCUGACAGGUCCUCAAAGGAGUGUCCUUUGUCCUUUAGGUGUAGGUGGACAAAAUGUUCACAUUUUGGACAAAGAAGACAGAUAGUUUGAAA